AUGGCUAGCUCCGCGAGUGAGAGACAGCUGGGAGACGACACGAUGGACUCUAGCUUCGAGCUUGAUGUCGUGGAGGAACACACGCCUCCGCGUGCCAGCCUCAAAUCGAUCAGUGAGCGGGAUUUCAACGCGCCAGAGGUUGUCACCGCGGCAAACGCAGAGCAAGAUGCCGAGCACAGCUGGCUGAGGAGGAGGCGCGACUCCGACCCUGAGACGCUCAACAACGCGGGCAACAGUGUCGUAUUGUCAACCAUUCCUCCAAGCGCGGAUGAGGCAAUGAUUCACAGGCGCGUAGCAGAGCUCAGGCUGGCGCUGAGGACCGCCGAUGGUGCUCUGGAUAAGGCACGUGCCCGGUUUGAGGAGGCAGAGGUGGCUCGAAACGAAGCCGAGUCCGAGGCGGCGGCACUGCGCGCUCGGGUGUGGACGCUCGAGGGAGCGGAGGCGCUUUCGGGUACUCGCCUACACGACGGAUCUCUCGACCUCCUCCGAGGCGAGCUCCUUAAUGAAGCGACGGCAGAACUGGAGGAGGCGGCGCGCGCCACGGCAGAGGCUGAGGAGCGCGCCAGGGAAGCGGCUGCUGCACUUCGUCAGGCUGAAGACACGGCAGCUGCGAUUGCCGCCGCGGCAAGCGGAGAGGUUGAAACCCUUUCCAUGGAGGCAGCCCAGGCUAGGCUGCGCGCGCAAGCUGAGGCCAGAGACGCCGCGGACGCCCGCAGUGCUCGCGAACGUGCUGAGUCUUUGGCAGCGGAGGCGGAGGCAGAGGUGGCGAAGUGGCGCGACAUCGGCAAGCGCGAGACUGAAUUGCGCUCUGCCGCAGACAAGGCCGCCAAGAUCGCCUCCGAUGAAGCUGAACAAGCAAAAGAGUCCGCCGCGGUGGCUGCUGCCCGCGAGUCCGAGGCUGCGCAACACAACAACUGGCUUCAAGAGCGGGUCCGUGAGCUCGAGGAUGCUGAGGGCUCCGAUGCAGGUGCACGAUACGGUGCUGAACUUCGCCGCCUGCGUGAACAGCUGACAGCCGAUGCGGCCAAGGCUGCGGAUGAACUCGCGGCCGAGCGAGCGACCAGGCGCAAGCUCGAAGCGCUGCUGCUCGAAGCUCGUGGUGACGCACCUAUCCCUGCAGUUCCUGCUGCUACAGAGAAUGAUGAAGCUUCUGAAAAGGUGUUGAUCUUGGAGGCAAAGCUCAACGAGGAGCGCGAGUACUCUGCCCGGCUUGAGAAGCAGCUCGAAACUGCCGUUGUAGCAAAACCGGCCAGGGGUUCUCUCCACGAUAGCCAGGACAGCUGGGCCGAUGCUCUCGGGCUUCAGGAAGGCGACGCCGUGAGCGAUGGUGAGAAGGAUGAGAAGGUUGCCAUGCUGACCGAAUCCGGGAUGCCCCCGUCUUCACCGAAAAAGGAAAAUAACAAAGAGGAACCCGUACCGCCUGCGGAAGACGAUCGAGUGCUGCAGCUUCAGGGUAUGCUCGAGGAGGCCGAGCGCGAGAUUCAGGACCUUCAGGCGAUGAUGCUGGAGGAGCGAAUGAGAGCAGCCGCCACCCUGGCGUCUGCCACAUCCACCGCCGCUGCCAGUACCGCUGCUGCCGUUGAGGCCGCAGUCUCCCGCAACACCGAGUCGUGGGCGUCGAAAUUGAAGGAAGCCGAAAGGGUCGCGGACGAGGCGACGGAAACCGCCGAACGUGCCGCUCGCCGCGUCGCCAUGCUCCAGGAGGAGUGCGACGCCGCGCAGAAGGACCUCGCUGAGCUGCGGGCCAGAAGAGGCGAGCUCACCGAAAGGGAGGCUAAGCUUCAGGCUACCCUGAAGGCGAUGAAGGAAGAAAACGCGUCCGCUCAGGUCACUAAGCUUGAACUGGCCGAGUCGGAUAAGACCAAAGAGGAUCAGCACAUCGAGGCGCGAAAAGUCGCAGCUGAAGCGGCGUCCAAGCUGGCUGAAGCAGAGCGCGCGGCAGCCGAGGCCUCGGAAUAUGCUCAACGGGCGGCGGCUGAGGCUGAUGCUAAGCUCAGCAAAGCCGAGGAGAUGGUCGCGGAAGCAAACGAAACCGCCGAGCGCGUCAAGUCAGACGCGGAUGCCACGCUCGCGGAGGCUCAGCAGAUUGCCGUCGAGGCGAAAAAGUCGGCUGCCCUCGCCAUUGCCGAGGCGAAGCAGGCGGCCGCUGACGCCGUUGCCGAAGCACAUGCCAAGCUCACUGCCUUUGCGGAAGCUGAGAAGGAAAGAGAGCAAGACGAAUUCGAGACGGAGACGGAGUGGGAAGAAAAACUCACGGAAGCGAGGCACGCCGCAGCUGAAGCUCAGGCCAAGCAGGCCAAGGCUGAGGCCAUGGCUGCUGAGGCGAAGUUGGCUGCCUCUCGUGCCAUCAUUCGCGCCGAGGAAGAGCGGGAGGGAGAUGUCGCCGAAGCUGAGAAGGAAUGGGAGGAGAAGCUCGCCGAGACCAAGCAACGCGCAGAGUCGGCCGAAUCGAAGCUAUCGAUGUUCGAAAAGACCGCCUCCGAGUCCAAGGAGGCUGCGGCUGAGGCUAUGCGCCGCGUUGAGAUGCUCGAAAGGGCUGCCUCCGAGUCCAAGGAUGCUGCGGCUCAGGCUAUGCGCCGCGUUGCGGUGCUCGAGAAGGAAUGCGCUGCAGCCCAGCGCGAAAUUGCCAUGAUGCGCGAAAGGGAGGCUACAGCGGAACUCGCGGCGGAGGCUGAAGCUGCGUUCGCCGCGCUCGAAGCCGGCGAGGAGGCAAAGAUGGAGGCUGCGGAGGCCCUUGCCCAGGCUCGCGCUGAGGCUGCAACGGCCCGCGGUGAGCUUGACGCCCUCCGUGAGUCAAUUCGUCUCAGCAGCGAGCGCAAGGAGCCGUCCACUCCGUUGAUCACUUCCACCAUGCGCUCCGGUGGUGUCACGGUCGUGCAGUUGACUUCCGAGGACGAGGUCGAUACGGAUUUCCACGCCGCUGUGGACACCGACCUUGACGAUCAAAGGGACACCCCGCUCGAGCGCGCGCUGCGCCGUGACCGCGAGGCUGGAUCCGGUGUGAUUGUGAAGGGUCGUCCUCUGUUGGAUGAAACACCUUCUAAGACCCGCAAGCUUGUAUCAACCCAGCGUGAUAGGCUCGCUGCUGCUGCCGCGGAAGCAGCCGCGGAGGUUGAGGCUCUCCAAGAUUCCGGCAGGAAUGAAUUUUUGCCCUCUAUGAGCGAGCGAGAGACCGAACUGGACAUCUCGGAGCCUGAACCAGCAGUGGAUCAUCCAACUGGGGAGGGUCAGUGGGUCUGGCACGGACAAGGAACGCCAGUAAAGGCACCGACGCCUCGAGAGGAACCCACGCCCAUUGCAGCGCCAGUCACGGCUACGGUUGUGCCGGUGGCCCCCACGGUUGACAUCGGCAAGCCCAAAACAUCGACGGUUGCUCACCGCCUCGAUAUUGACCACGAUGCCGCCCAUGUGAUGGUGCAUCGACCCGCAAGACGUCUUUCCGACGGAGGUAACCUCUCGUCUUCGCGCGCUCGAUCGACGGGGGGGCGUAUAUCUCGCGUUGCCACGCACCCCGGCCACAGCGAGAGAAUGGCGGGUGCCAUGGACAUCUCCUCCUCCGACGAAGAUGACCUGUGCAGAAUUUCCUCUGACGAUGAGAGCAGCGCUCCCAGCGCUCCGGCUUCUACGAAGGGUCGAAGCAGGCAUGCCCACAGCCGCAGAGACGUUGGUGAACCUCACAUGACGCCUCCCAGGUCGGCGCCAACGCAGAGUAUGACGUCACCAACCAGAAGCAGAAACUCUCCUGUGGAAAUGAGCGAGGAGUUUGAGGGGAGCCCCAUUCGCGCAUCGGAUGCCUUUGUGGCGGUCGCGGCUUCGGCGCACGCCGCCGCAAGUGUGGCGCGUGGGGACUGGUCGGUUGAUGGAACACCGAAACCAUCGCCCGCCAAGCUUGCUGCGGCAGCUCUCGCGGCGUCUUUGAGCUCCCCUUUCAAGAGCCCCAGGCGACCAUCGCAAGCAGAUGGUGAGACGAGGCGUUCUAUUCAGGAGGGAGAGGCUGCGCUCGAGGCGAUGCGCGCAUCGAGGGCUUCCCUGGCCGCAAGGACGGGUGGUAGUCCUCCAGCGAAGGAGGUGUCCACACCUGCUAAGCGACAGGUGUCCACCAGCUCGACUCGUUCCAGUCCCAUGCCCACCAAGUCCACCUCCCGAGGUCGUGCUGCGAUGGAAACCCCUGGUCGUCCCACGGGCACCUGGGGACGUCCAAGCUCUGCUUCUGGUACCCGAUCAACAACAAUCGGGAGCCACGACAGAUCGACAUCGAGCCGCGCGGGCAAGGUCCGCCCCGAGGCAUAUAACAACAGGUACUCUUGA